GCAGGAUCCUAGGAGUACUUGUGGAUUUACAACAGGAGUACUUUAGUUGGGAUUUUAUUUCGCUUUCGAUUAUUUCAAACUUGCAAAAAUUUUCUUUACAUUCUUGCAUUCUACAGAUUUUCCUACAUUCGACAAGAACUGAUAUUCAGAAAAGACAAGGUUGUGUGAAAACCUGUGCCACAAUACAAUCAACGAAUAAGCCGUCUGGGACACCAGAAACCAAGAAAAAACCCACAACCUAAGAAUGCCACCGGAAGGCCCACAACAUCUUGAUGUUCCAAAUCCUAGAAGAAGCACUAAGAGUCGGCGUUCGGUUGACAAACCAAAAGACGGUGCACGUCAUCAAGAAGUCAGUUUAGAAAGAGAAGGAGGAAGAGUGAGCCACACUGAUCGAGGAAGUUUGCACUCGCAAAGACAAAUGGAAAUGACUCAGCAGGAGGGAAAACGAUCGUCUGCAGCUUCCUUCGUGCCACUUGAAGCAUCCGUUAAGCAAACUAAUGAACGUGAAACACUCGACAGACUGGCACGUGGAUCAAAUGAGCUUUUGAACAGUUUGAAGAACGGUAUCAAUUCUCUAAGAUCAGGUGUACAGCCUGUCACAGCUCAGUCAGCAAUACCUGAGAACGUUGAAAUAUUGAGCUCACUCCCAGUUUCCCAGAAUGGCUCCGUACGAUCGUUUGUGAUGGGAGAUAUGCUUCGUCGCCUUACGGUGGCUCGUGAGAUACUGACUCGAGAGCAGCAAGCGGGAUUCCGGCUUGGUAGGGGUUGUGUCGACCAAAUCUUCACACUGCGUCAGGUGCUAGAACAACGCCAUACGUAUAAGCGACCCACGAUUCUAGUAUUCCUGGAUUUCCGAGGCGCAUUCGACUCGGUUGACCGGCCCGAAAGUACUUCUACAUGGGUUUGCUUUCUUUUAUAUCAGUCUGGUGAAUCAACUCCAAAUGACCAUGAACGCAAAUCGGGAAACUCCACGCCAAAAUCUGCCACACUAAAGUCACAACCGCCGAUCACAUCGUUCUUAAAUGAACAUCCAAGCUCACCUCACACAACGCCAGGUCAUUCUCAACGGUCGCUAAAGACUGAGGCAACUGGCCCAUUGCCUGCAACACCGAAAAAUUCCUUACGGACUGAGGCAACUGGCCCAUUGCCUGCAACACCGAAAAAUUCCUUACGGUCCACCCAUCCGAGUUCUAAGGGACAGACAUCCAAGUCCGAUCAGCUAAUUCCCAAAGAAGAGUUGUCCAAAUCUUUAGCAUCCUCCCCAAGAACAAAUACAGUAAAGUCCCACCCGCCAAGUGCGAAAACCUCUUUUGGAAUAGCUACACCCUUCAGAAGUCCACGAACUUCAUUGCAGCAAAUCUCGGGGAAAAUAACUGAGAAUGUCACCCCUAGAAGUACAGGCACACCGCGAGAAACACUAGAGUCAGGAUCCUCCCCACCAAGGCCAUCCGCUCUGAAGUCAAGCCAGAUGUGGCGUGGAGAAUCGACGCCAACAGUAGUAUCAGCGAAGAAUUCGUUUAACGAUGGUACAGCCCUCAAACCUCCCAUGGAUACGGACGCUCUACCGGCGGUGAAAAGGUUGAGUGAGGAUAGUAUGGCCGGUUUUGAUGCAAUGGAACCAUUCGUGCUCAGUGUUGCAGGAAUAUGCGACGCAAAUGAUCAAAAUUACUUCCCACUACAAGAAAGGAUCGCCUAUUUGGAAAGCAAAUUAAUCGAUCUGACAAUCCAACAUCACGCACUGGAACAUGAACAUCGUCUGGUGAACCAAAGUCACAAGUUGCUAGAUGAGAACAUAAAAAAUGCCAAUUUGGUGGCACGGGAUCAGGUGGUUUUUGAAAAUUUGAAGUUCAAUUACGAACUUGUCUCUACAGAAUUACAAGAAGCCAGACGACUAAUCAAAGAAUUGCGUCAGUUGGGGUGGGAGAAUCUGCCGCAGCGUACGCUUCAUGAGUGCAAAAAGGCGCAUGAAUACGGCGAAGAAAUGAGGCGACAGAGAGACAUUGCUUUGCACGAACAUUCUGCCGCCAAAGGAAUAGCGGUUGAAGCGCUUAAACAGGUUCAGGUUUUAAAACGCUCAAUUGAAGACCACAAAAAAUUGGCAGACCACUUGAUGCGUCGUGAAGAGGAAAUCAAAGAAAAAUACAUGCAGUCUUUGGAGCAGGUCAAUCAAGAAUGGCAACAAAAAUUAUUUACGCGUCAUAUACGAGAUAACCGAAGACAAAGGCAUCUCCUGUAUAUGCUGGAAGAAGAACGAGAACUGACUGAAGACAGAGAUCCACAAGAACUGGAAGAUAUUAGAUUCCGAGCUCAUUUGGUCUUCCGUUACCCCACCUUAGCAGACUGUAUGGAGGAUGCCAUAGUCAAUGAGGGAAAGGAUCUCGGAGUUCCAGCUGAUCCGGGGCAUGACAAAAUUUGGCACAUUUCAUCUAAAAUUUCUCCUACUGAAAGGCCGGUUUCUGAAAUGAUCCGAUCAACGAUCGCAUCAAAGAGAACCACUGUUGCCCGUGCUUUCUCUCGUUUGGGUAGAUUUUCCGGACGACCCACUUUGGAUAUUGGCGAAUCGACCAGCACAAUUUGGGGCGACGAAACUGAACACCGAGUUGAGGCACCUAUCACCGAUGCCGAAAGGCUUUCUUGGGAGCACUUCAGAACACAGAUGAAUCAAAAAUUGAGAGAGAAAGAAGAAGAAGUGUCAAAAUGGAGAAAACUGGCGAAAGAUUUGGAAAAUGAGUUAGAAGAGUUGAAACAGAAAACGCUGACCGAGGUGCAAAUGGAAGAGGAAAUCAGAGCCUUGAAUGAAGAGAACGCAAUUCUGGUGGAACAUUACUUAGCGGAGAUGGUUCUGCGAAAAAAGUAUUUGAAUGUGAUUCAAGAUUUGAAGGGGAAAAUCCGGGUGUUCUGUCGAAUCCGACCGGCAGCGCUAACAGAAGUCACCAGAAAAAACCCCAUUGUCGUUUAUACUCCAGAUAAGCAUACUGCCCUGGUGAAAGUUUCCAGAGGACUGAAGGUUUUUCAGUUUGAUCGAGUCUUUGGUCCCAACGCAACACAGGAGGAUCUGUUCGAGGAAACCACAAAUCUUGUCCAAUCUGUGAUCGAUGGGUACAAUGUUUGCAUAUUUGCCUAUGGUGAGACGGGCAGUGGUAAGACGUACACUUUGGCCGGGGAUAGGGAACAUCCUGGGUUGGUCUUUCACUGCGUUGACUAUUUGUUUGAGCUUCUGGAUGACCCAUUAUUCAGACUUAUUUUACUGCCAUUAUGUGUUGGAUGGGUGUUGGCAGGACGUGGAGAAGUCUACUGUGGCGAGGACAACUGCUACGAUUCGCUCCAAGUCAGUGAAGACGAUGACCAGACCUUUAUCCGCAAAUCUUAUCGAAAAUCGGCUCGUGAGCACCAUCCGGACAGACAACAAACUCCCAACGCCAAAGCAGAGGUGGAAUUAAAUCUACACAAGGGGUGGAGGCAGUCUAUAGCUAACCUUUCAGUAUUGGUCCUAUCCCUUGAAUGGGUGGAUUGCAAUACCUUAUUAAUCUGUUCUUGUUUUUACUUUGCUGCACACGUGCACAGAACAAAAUCCUAUUCGGAUGUCAGCGUUUCGAUAAUGGAAAUGUACGACGAAAAGAUACUCGACCUUUUGAUUGAUUAUGGAGCAUAUGAAGACCUGCCAAUCCAACCAGACAACAAUGGUGUUAUGUGUGUUGAAGGUGUUGUGCAAAAACAGGCUACCUGUGCCGCCGAACUUUACGAACUCUAUCAACGGGCAUGGCACAACCGACGCAUGGCAGAAACAAGGCUGGAGCACAAUAGCACAAGGUCCCAUUUCAUCCUCAGCAUCAUGGUGAUGGUCACAAACAAAGUAACAAAAACCACCUACCGCGGCAAGUUGACUGCUAUCGAUAUGGCUGGCAGUGAACGGACGACAACGACAGGAUCGACUGGUGAAUCCCUGAAGUUUAAAGUCCAUUUUGUAUACGAGAGAAAUAACGAUCCGGCAGAUAGGUUUUACCAGGAUAGUGCCCCUGAGUAUGCUAUGUGGACACCAUCAACAAACGGAGUUGGUGAAAUAUUGGUAGCUCGGGAGACAGAUCAAUCCUUGGUCGCACUCGGUGAUGUCAUCACUUCCCUAACGCUGUCCCAGCCAUAUGUCCCCUACGAAAGUAGCAAACUGACAAAACUGAUGCAGGAUUCCUUGGGUGGAAACGCGAAAACACUUAUGAUCACCACCGUAAACGAAACGGAGGCUAAAAUGCCAGAAACGAUAAAUUCUUUGAACUACGGUAGCCGUUUGAAGACAGUGGAUAAUCAAGCCAAUCCAACUUCUAAUAGCGAGCAGGUGGCGAAACUAAAGGUGAUGACGGAAAAAUUGAAAAAGGGUGAACCAGAACCAUGUUAAUUGAAAAUUACAUUGCCACUUCGUAUGUUCUUUGUUUC